ACUCCCUUCUCACCACAUGGUUGUGUGCUUGCAUGUGUGCAUGCAUUUAAAUAGAGUAAAUCAUCAUCUAUAUACAUCUGCAAUUCUCGCAUAGUUCAUCUACUCUGCAUUUGAUCUGUCUUCAGUUUCAAAUUAAAGUGUCUUUGAUCAAGGAAUCUCCAUUUGAAUGAUUAACGGUCCAUAUUGUAAUGUGUACUGAUUUCUACAUAGUAUAUGAAAAUAAUAUUGUAUAUAUGAAGAUAAUGUAGUAGAUUGAUCAAUAUCAAGCUUUUAUUAUAUAUAGUGUAACUUUAUACACUCUUCAGUUAUACUCUUUAAAACUAAUUGAGCAUGUUACAAAGAAAGAUUCAUAAAAAAUUAAAAAUAAAUAAAUAAAUAAUUUGUUAAGCACAUGAAACUUGUUUGUAUUUCAGGAAACAUUCCAUCAGGUGAUGGGACAGAAAUUGGUCAAGGGUUUUCUACGCAGAUUCAUGGCGGACUUGAUCAGUUGCUGAGGUCUAUAUUCCCUGGAGAGCAUAUCCAUGUUGGUGACAUUAACUUCCAUGGAAUGGGUACAAGUUCUGCUGCAGUUCACGCAGGAGCAACUCAGAGUGCUGCCACUAAGAUGGCUGCACCAAGAGAGGGUGAUGAAGGACUGUUCUUGUCUAAUUUACUUCGUCAGAUCAUGCUCAUCAUAUCUGAAAGCACAGCAAGUGGGUCAAGUAUUCCAUCAUCUGAGGGAGCAGGUGAUAUUGAGGAUAGAACUACACAAGCAUCCUCAACACAAGCUCAGGACAACUCAAACAGAGGGGCCUCAUCAAGUAGUCGACAUGGCAAUCCACCAUCCUCUCCAAGCUCCAAACGUCAAAGGGUAAUUGCUUCUUUCUUUUAGUAUGUCACACUGAACACACAUAUUCAAUUGGAGGUCCUGUGGUUUUCCCUCGAUUCUCGCAGAAACGCCGACAUUUGUUUGGUGCUUGCUUGUUUUUUUUCCCAUACCAAUAUGACAUGCUUACAACCUUAGGCACAAGUGGUAAUUUUUCACAUAGUUCAAAGUCUUCCAUGUUUGUUAUCUGGACAAGUUUGUCUUAUCAUCCUUGCUCUCACAAAAAUUUCUCUGCUAAUAACCACCCAUUCUAGAAUUAUUUAAUAGCUAUCUGCAACCCCCCUUUAAUUAUAUGAUUGAGCAUAUGCAUUUAUUUAUGUGGAUUACCAAAAAAAUUUCUUAGAAAACGAAAUCCCGGUCUUGCCUGAGUGAAGUUAUUUUGGGGGCAGCCAGCAAAGUUUAUUAGCAAAAAAUGGACUACGGCCUGUGAUAUUGAAUCUAAUCCCUGCAGCAAAGGUUGAUAACCAAAAAUGGACCUCUAUGCAAGUGUUAGAGUGGGGCAUGGUUGGUUACUUCAACCCCUGUAAGCAUGAAUCUAAUUUAAAAUUUCCCAAUGCUCUGUUUGUUUGUUGGAAACUCUGGAGGGAAAUGGAAAAAGCUAUUCCAAGAGAAUAUAGUCAGGGGGAAUAAAGAUCUUUUUCUGAUAAGUUAAUGGAGGGAAAUAAAGAUUUUUGGUAUUUUCCUACUUUUGGGGAUGCUUUAGUAAAAGUACUAGUAUUGUUAAUAUUUCAAUUGGGGAAUAAAGAUAUUUUUCUGAUAAGUUAAUGGAGGGAAAUAAAGAUUUUUGGUAUUUUCCUACUUUUGGGGAUGCUUUGGUAAAACUACUAGUAUUGUUAAUAUUUCAAUUUCCUAAAAUACUUAUAAUUAAACUAAAAUUAGUUGAGUAAAUUAAACAACUGAGCCUUGUCCCGACUAUUUGUGGUUGACUACAUGAAUCUUAUUCCAUUUCAAUCAAUGAAGGGCAGAAAUAUUCUCAGCAUUUAUGAUCAUAAGGGUUCUAUCAAAGUUUUACACUGUUUGUCAGCUACCUAACCCAAACCUUCUCUAUCUGGCCUUGGGACCAGCUACAUAAAAAUAAAACAUUAUACACACGCAUGUAGAGUUAGUUGGGUACGUUAAUUGUUGGAAAAUCUCUUUUUCUUUGUGAUUGUACAAAUGGAAGUGGCUGGCAUUGCACUAAAAUUUUCAAAAGUUUUGUUUCUCCUUGUCAAUAUCAAAUAUCAAAUAAGGGAGGCAUAUGCUUGAAAGGGGCUGUGAAUACGUUGAUCAGUCAUUUUUCUUAGUUUUGAGCUUGUUGAUGUCUUGGAGAGAAGCUGGGGUGAGAAUUUUUUUGAAAUGUUGUUUGGUGUUGGUCGGUUGGUGGAAUUUUGAAUCUGCUAAAUUGGGGUAGGAGGAUGGUUGGAAGUGGCUAGAGUUUCAAAGUUUUUUUGAAAGCUUUGCUGCUCGGUCAGGUUGUAGAGUCCUAGAUCUUUCCUAGAGGUUGUGUUGUUGUAGCAGUGGCGAGAUAACCCCUCAAUAGUCAUAUAGACAGACCGGGGACUGUGACACUAAAAAUCAUCAUGCGCUGAGGUGGCAACUUAUUUGCAAUGUGCAGAGGUGCAAGAGACGCAGGAUGGCCAAUCUUGGGUGAACAAUUGGUGGUCCUCGUUUGGGUGUUGCUUUAUGCCAACAGCUGGUCCCAAGGAGGUCUGAUGCAGCUUUUAAUGCCAUAGGUGAGAGGUGUUGAGGUGGUCUUGCAAUUAAAUGAUGAUACAACGUCAAAGAGUUUUCUUAUAUUUGCAACCCUGUCAAACAACUUAGAAUUACUAUGCCCUUAUUUUAACCUCUGCAUUUUUUGCCUUUCGACUCCACAAAAUUUUAGUAGUGGGAUGUCUGGAGUCUUCUGGUGGAUAGAGCUAAAACGGUGGGAAUAGCGGAUGGUUUUGUGGUGGGUAAGGAUUGUGUUUCUUUAUAUUAUUUAUAGUUUACAAAUGAUACCAUGUUUUUCUCUUUUGGUGACGAGUCUAAAAUGGUAAAUUUGAUUUAUUUGUUAGGAGUGUUUGUGUUGCUUUCUGGGUGGAAGAUAAAUAUAAAUAAGAGUUCCAUUUAGAAUUUAAUUUCGCAACGUAAAGAUUACAAAGUCUGGAUAGGCUUUUUGGUUGUGCCUGGAUCCAAUGAAGUAUCUAGUGCUUCCUUUGGGAGGUAAUUCAAAGUCAAAUUUU